AUGGCUGCCUACAACUCUACGUCUUCCGGGGGGGCCUUGGAACACUUAAAGAUUCCACUCAUUGAUAUAGAAGCGGCCACCAAGAAAUUUACAGAAAGAUACCUAGGGUCAGGCACAUAUGGUAAGGUGUACAGAGCAGAACUUGAGCUGCCAGUGGAAGAGAAAAGUAAAGGUAAAAUUUCUAAGAAAUGGAGAACCGUAGCUAUAAAAUGCAUUAGAGAAGACAAGCAUGGAAAAGAAGGGUUUAAUGCAGAAAUUGAAUUGCUUACCAGUUGUAAGCAUGCCAAUAUAGUCUCUCUUUUAGGAUUUUGUGAUGAAGGUCCAAAUAUGAUACUUGUCUAUGAGCAUGCGUCUAACAGGAGUCUGGAUAAUUACUUGGGAAGCACUGAUAGCUCGACUAAUCUUACUUGGGUCCAACGUUUAAAGAUUGGCAUUGACAUUGCACGUGGAUUGAACUACCUGCACACCCGGGUAGAGGAUGAACAAAGGAUAAUUCAUCGCGACAUAAAAAGCGGCAACAUUUUGUUAGGCAAGAACUGGGUGGCGAAGAUUGCCGACUUUGGGCUCUCGAGAUUUCACCAUACCAAUCAACGUGAAUCUCUCUAUACAGAAAAUGUUGCAGGCACAAAAGAGUAUUUGUGUCCAGAAUAUAUGAAGACAGGUAGGUUGAAAAGAGCAAUAGAUAUUUACUCGUUUGGGGUGGUUUUAUUUGAGAUCCUAUUUGGGAAGCUUGCCAAUGAUCCGGUUUACGUUUCGGAGGAUGAAAACGGAAUUGCAUAUGUUGCACGACGACACUUCGAAGAGAGAACAAUACAUGAGAUGGUAGAUCCUAAAAUAAUGGAAGAAGUAGAUGAACUCACUUCCACGCUACAUAAAGGACCCAAUCAAGAUUCUUUGAAAGUAUAUUUAGAAAUUGCAUAUCGAUGUGUUGCAAUAACUCAAAACGACCGUCCUACAGCAAAAGACGUCCUUGAGGAACUUGAGAAAGUAUUGUCAUCUCAAGUGAUGGUUCAUGCGCAUAUUCCAGCGAGAUUCCUAGAUUCUGGAGAGUUUCCGGCCAAAUUCUCUAAAUUCUUGCAAGAUUCCAGCUAG